CUGGUACCGUGACAUCCCUGCUGCACACUAUCAGUCUACAUAUCCUACAAUGAAUCAGGACUUUAGAUGAGACACUCCUCUGUGUGCAGCAACAUUCAGCAGAGGAGAUCUGACUAAAGCUCCACCCUCACCAGACUCACCCGAGACAAACCAGGAAACAGUUUGUUAUUCUUCCUCAUUAAAGAGAGUCACACAGACUGAAAACCAGACGAUCAGAUUCACCUUCAGAACAAAUUAACAACUUCAUCUGAGUGAGUUCAUCUACAGGAGAGAAAAGUGGAAAACUACAACACUGCUGCUUCAACCUGCUGACGCUCCACACACUGAAGCUUCACUCAGAGACAAAAUGGCUUCCAGAUCAGAGGAGGAUCUCUGCUGUCCGGUCUGUCAUGACGUCUUUAGAGAUCCUGUUGUCCUGUCAUGUAGCCACAGCUUCUGUAAAGACUGUCUGAAGAGCUGGUGGAGAGAGAAACACACAUGUGAGUGUCCAAUUUGUAAGAGAAGAUCUUCAAAGGCAGAACCACCUCGUAACCGGGUGUUAAAGAACCUGUGUGAGGCCUUCUUACAGGAGAGAGAUCAGAGAGCUUCAGAGGCUCUCUGCAGUCUGCACUCUGAGAAACUCAAACUCUUCUGUCUGGACCAUCAGCAGCCAGUGUGUCACAUCUGCAGAGAUUCAGAAAAACACACCAACCACAGUUUCAGACCCAUCGAUGAAGCUGCACGACAACACAAGAAGGAACUUCAGGAAACUCUGGAGCCCUUAAAGGAGAAGUUCAAGGUUUUUGAACAAGUUAAAGUGAAGUCUGAUCAAACAGCAAAACACAUGAAGGUCCAGGCCCGACGCACAGAGAGGAAGAUUAAGGAGCAGUUUAAGAAGCUUCACCAGUUUCUAGAAGAGGAAGAGGAGGCCAGGAUCUCUGCUCUGAGGGAGGAAGAGGAGCAGAAGAGUCAGAUGAUGAAGGAGAAGAUGGAGGCUCUGAGCAGAGAGAUAGCAGCUCUUUCAGACACCGUCAGAGCCACAGAGGAGGAGCUGAGAGCUGAAGACGUCUCAUUCCUGCACAACUACAAGGCUGCAGUGGAAAGAGUCCAGCAGCGCCCCCUGCUGGAGGAUCCACAGCUGCUCUCAGGAGCUCUGAUAGAUGAGGCCAAACACCUGGGCAACCUGACCUUCAACAUCUGGAACAAGAUGAAGGAGAUGGUCUCCUACACUCCUCUGAUUCUGGAUCCAAACACUGCUUAUCCAGAACUCAUCCUGUCUGAAGAUCUGACCAGUGUGAGAGGAGGAAAGAAACAGCAGCUUCCUGAUAAUCCAGAGAGGUUUGAUGCAGCCUGGUCUGUCCUGGGCUCUGAGGGCUUUAACUCUGGGACUCACAGCUGGGAUGUCGAGGUUGGAGACAGUACAUGCUGGUUACUGGGUGUGUCAGCAGAGUCUGUCCAGAGGAAGGGACUCAUGCAGUCUGGAUUAUGGAGAAUACAGUUCUAUGAAGGUAAAUACUCAGCACGGUCACUACCAGAUCCCCCCAUUGAUCUUGUAGUCCAGAAGGAGUUCAAGAGGAUCAGAGUGAAUCUGGACUGGAACAGAGGAAAGCUGUCAUUCUCUGAUCCUGAUACUAACACACACAUACACACCAUCACACGCGCUUUCACUGAGAAGCUGUUUCCAUACAUUGGCACUGGGGAUGAAGUGAAUAUGUCACCACUGAAGGUCUGUGGGACAGUGGAACAGAGCAGUUAAAGAUAAAGAGCAUGAUCAUUUCUAUAAACUCGAAAAAAAAGAUUAUUAUUAUUAAGGAUUAUUUCUCUGUUGUUACAAUGCUAAUUGGCAUGCAUUUGUGGGAUGAACAGCACAGCUGAUUAUGUUGGUAGCGCCCAAGUAAAAUGUGCCCAAAUUCUCUGCCAAUGCUAAACGUAUUCUCCUGUUGGUAUUGACUCUUGUUGUGAGUGGGACCCUACACCCUCCGGCUAUCCGCAGUAGAA